GUCGUGAACUUCAUCUUGUCUUCAGUUGCAACUGCUUCCUCUAUCACAAGUCAGGUCACCCAAGAUGCCGUACCUGAGCACGCAGCCCAAGAUCCUCAUAGCAGGCGCCGGAAUCGGAGGCCUCACAGCCGCGCUCUCACUGCACGCGGCAGGAUUUACCGACAUCCAGAUCUUCGAAGCAUCAUCAACACUCACAACACUCGGUGUCGGUAUCAACGUGCAGCCUUCAGCAGUCCUUAUCCUGCGAAAUCUUGGACUUUUGGAAGCCCUGGAGAAGACCGGAAUCCAGACGGCAGAGCUCAACUUCUACAACCGCCAUGGCGACUCCAUCCUUAGCGAGCCACGAGGCAAGUACGCUGGCUACGCAGUCCCUCAAUUCUCGAUCCACAGAGGGGAGUUCCAGAUGCUGCUCCUCAGCGCUGUGAAAGAGCGUCUUGGUGAGGAAGCGGUGCAUCUUAAUCACGCCUUGACCGGAUUCGAGCAGAACGAAAAGAGCAUCACAGCGCAAUUUUCGCAACGACGGGAUGGCGCUCCCGCCGAACUCUCUGGCAUUUCUGGAGACGUCUUGAUUGCAGCUGACGGAAUCAACUCGACUGCGCGACGCAUUCUAUACCCCAAUGAAGGGGCGCCAAGGUUCUCAGGACGCAUGCUCUGGCGUGGAUGUUUGGAGCGCGAACCGUAUUUGACAGGCGCGAGUAUGGUGUGGGCAGGUCACGCGGAUCAGAAGUUUAUCGCAUACCCAAUCUCUCAACGUUCAGCAGACAAGGGCAAGAGUCUUGUGAAUUGGAUCGCAGAGUUGCGCAUCCGAGGGAAAGACGACAAGGACCUUACACCGCCGAAGACGGACUGGACGAAGGCUGUUGACAAGAGCGUAUUCGAGGGUCCGUUCGAGAGCUGGAAGUGCGGUGGUCUGGAGAUGAAGGAUCUGAUCGACAAAACGGAUAAGGUGUUUGAAUUCCCCAUGUCUGACCGCGAUCCAGUUGAGCACUGGUCGUUUGGCAGAUUGACGCUGUUGGGUGAUGCAGCACAUGCUAUGUAUCCCAUUGGAUCGAACGGCGCAUCGCAAGCCAUCAUCGAUGCGGAAACACUGGCAAAGCAUCUUAAAGCUACAAUAUUAGACGUUGCUGCAGCAUUGAAAGCAUACGAACUGGAGCGACUACCCCCCACAGCAAAGAUCGUGAUGGCAAACCGAGCGAACGGCCCAGAUCACGUCUUGCAGAUGGCUGAAGAGAGAGCCCCAGAUGGAUUCAAGAACGUCUACGACGUUAUACCGAAGGAAGAACUGGAAGCUAUUGGCACAGUGUAUAAGAAGGUUGCCGGUUUCGAGAUGGAGAGUGUCAAUCUCAAGGCGAAAGAGACAGAAGGAGAGAGCGAGAGGCUACGGCUCAAGAGUCCCAGAGAUUGGAUUUAG